UUCAAAAAUACCGGUCUUGUGGGUCUUGACCUAUCCGGCAAUCCCUAUGCGGCGUUCAAUUUCAUCGAUGGUGCCUUUGAAGGUAUUGCGGAUAGCUUGGAAUAUUUAUUCUUUGAGCAAUCAAAUUUAAAAGAUUUGGAUUGGUUGAAGCCCAUGGAAAAGUUGUGUAUUCUUGAUUUGGCCGGCAAUAACAUCAAUUUGUUAUCAGCCGAUGAUUUUGCAGCGCUGGGAAAUUUGCAUGCGCUCGAUCUGAGCUCAAAUAACAUUGGCAACUGGUACAAUCAGGUAUUCGCUAACAACACCGAUCUCCGUUUGCUAAAUCUACACCAUAACAAUAUCAACCAGAUCAAUUAUGAAAUGUUUAAGGACUUCAAGCACCUUGACUACCUCAGCCUAGGCGAAAAUAAUUUCUUAUGCGACUGUCUGCUGCAUGAUUUAGUAGAAGUUGCUGCGAUCAACAACAAGAAGGCUGAAUGUGCGCGCGCUUUACUCAAGGAAGUGCCACAUCUCGUUAUGGAACAAAAAGAAAAAUGGCCAAUUAACGACACGCAAUUUGCAUCAAUGAUACCAUCAAUCCUAAUGCAGCAAUAUACCAAGAAUUUAGAAAAAAGUUCUGCAAAUAUACUCAAAUACAAAAUGGGUCGACGUACAACGCCAAGUGUGCGAGCUCUAGGGCGUAAGACUUAUUCAAUCCUCCGCUCAAAUGCUCAAGAAAUGGACGAAUGCGCCAUGGUAUCGUCAAAUUCUUACGGGAGCGGGCAAAUAAAUGACUCAAUGUUUGAAUUCCAAUUAAUUGACUAUGCAGAGGAUCAUUAUUGGUGCUUUAAUGGCACCACUCGUACGCAAUUAAUGCAACUCAAUUGUCAGUCUGCGCUAAUUGGCGGCAUAGCAGAGGAUAUAAAUAAAUUAACAGAAAUUCUUAUUGGUAUCAUUUGUACGCUAUUGGGAGUAACCUUGCUGAUCGUGAUUGUAUAUCUUAAGCGCUGGCACAUAUACUACUACUAUUCAUCGUUGAAAUCGGCAGCGCUGUUAUCUGUAGCUACCAAGAAACAGGUAAAACAAUUUAAUGAGUUGGCCGAAAACGACCCCAACAUGGUAUAUGACAUUUUCAUUAGUUACUGUGAGAGCGAUCGCGAUUGGGUGCUGGAAGAAUUGCUACCGAACGUAGAGGAGGCGGGUAAUAUAUCGAUAUGUUUGCACGAACGUGAUUUUCAGAUCGGUGUCGCCAUACUCGAAAACAUCAUAUCCUGUAUGGAUCGCUCGCGUGCUCUAAUGCUAAUUAUAUCCUCAAAUUUUUUACUCAGUCACUGGUGUCAAUUCGAAAUGCAUUUAGCACAACAUCGCAUUUUCGAGGUGAGCAAAGAACAUCUAAUAAUCGUCUUUCUCGAGGAUAUACCACGAGCCAAGCGUCCGAAGACACUACAAUACCUUAUGGAAGUGAAAACAUAUGUUAAAUGGCCCGGCGCCAAGGGUCAUGAAAUCAGUCCGGAAGAGCGUAAAUAUUUUUGGAAACGUUUGCGACGCUCAUUGGAACACAUUGGUACUUCCCAUGCAGAGUCGCUUAAAUAACUGGGAAUUGGAUUACAAAGCUGCUGAAACUGCCUGAUUAUUAAUAAAAUAAAAAAAUAAAAAAUUUACUAAAAAAAAAGUAAAAUAAACUAUGGUUAGAAAACGGCUCAAUUAAUAAAAAGAUUAUCAAUGCAAAGCUAAACACUUGUACCUGAUAGCAGUUAUUUUUAUGUAUUAAUGGUUACAUACAUAGCUUUUUUGAUAUUUUUAUAAAUGUAUACAUAGUUAA